UGUCCCAUGGAUAGCUUCAAUGCCAGAGGCGUUGCGACGCCAGCGUCUAAAGAUGCAGUGUCUAAUGUCGAAAAUGCACUUGUAAUAGUGAUUGAUCUUACACCAACUGCAUGGUCAGGGUCACCUAAUAAAGGUGAAGUUAAAUUGCAGUUGCCAUCGCUAUUCAACCUACUGCAUAGAUUUAUUAAAACCUAUGCCUUUAUGUCAUCCAGCAAUAGGUGCUGUAUUAUCGGAACACAUGCAUCAGGGACUCGCAUUUUGUAUGAGGGUAUACCUAACGUCGACUGGCUGCCAUCAUGCUUUGUGCGUCGAGAUUCAGCAGAAAGCAAGUCAGAUGCAUGUACCCUGGGUGUAUGGAAUGCUAUGUUAGAUUUCAUAGGCACAUGGUCAUCAAAAGGUGACCCACAACUGACAACAGCCUUGUCAAUGGGUCUGCUGUAUCUCAACCGACUCCAACAGACUUCUAGUGGCCUGGGACGCCGGAUUAUCUUUAUCGAUACUUCCGAAACCAAUGCCUACCAAUCGCAGUACAUCGCUUUGAUGAAUGUUGCCUUUACCGCUCUAAAGUCGGGCAUUACCAUUAACACUUGCGCCCUUAAACGAUCGACGAGGAUUCUCGAGCAGUUGUGUGACGUCACAAACGCCAAGUAUAUCAACCUGUCAAAGGUUCUGGAAAAGGAAGAUAGUAACCUGAACCACGAGCAGUGCAUCCUACAACUACUGAUGUUUUGGUUCCUGCCUUCAGUGGAUAUAUCAGAACAGCUGUCAACACAACUGCCGUUCGAUUUCAGCAAUAGAGCAGUAUGUUACUGCCAUUACAGAACAGUGGACAUUGCAUUCCUAUGCCCAUGCUGCUUUGCCGUGCAUUGCUCCGAAAAAGACGAUAAAGGAAGGUAUCGAGUAUUCUGCCUGGUGUGCAACUCACGGCUGUCAAGGCCAUUAGUCAAGAAUAAGUCGGCAACAGACGCCGACCUCUCGACAUAUUGACAUCG